UUAGGUGGCAACAUCGCUUCAUCGGGAUGUUUUAAAAUAUCUUCUACCACAUUAAUUACAGCCUUAAAUGUGAGUAAGGAGAGCCAGACUGGCUUUAACAGAGACACGCUGUGUUGAGCAUAAAGACGCAUAUUUGGUUUAAUCGACUAAACUAGCUUGCUAGGUCCUACAGUGAGUGGGCAGCUGUUUCCGGGGGGACUGCUGAUGUAGGCGCAACCUGUGUGGUGCUACCCGGAAAUGAGUCCGAUGUCCAACGCUUAACUAGUUUGUUUGUGAGAUGGAUGAGUUUAAAGGCUGUAACCUGGAUUACUUUCCAGAAAACAUCUUAAUUGAUGUGUUGUCGUAUUUGAGCGUACGAGAGCUCGUCAGAGCCGGAAGAGUGUGUAAGAGAUGGAAACGCCUUGUUAAAGACCAGAGACUGUGGAGACUUGUCGAUCUGACUGCAUGGAAAGGGGUGACAUCCCGCAUCCUUUGGAUCCUGCUGCGUCAGUACCUAGGUUGUGGACUAAGGUGCCUACGGUUACGUGGUUUGCUGCUUUCUGCCCGAGGGGGCACCUUUCUCUCAGAAUCCUGGCUCAAAUCUUUGUCCACAAAGUGCCCUCGCCUGAUUAAGCUCUAUCUUCUGCAUGCAGACCUGCGAAGCCUGCCUAGUUGCCAGCUCCUACCACCGUCUUUGCAGGUGCUGGAGCUGCGUGGCUGCGAGCUGCCUCGUGAGUUUUUCAACCACACCCUUGCUUCACCUGCUCGUUCCCAAGAAAGAGCAGAAGCCACAUCCAGUGUUGGUGCUCAACAGCAAGGAAGGGAUCGGAAAGGAAAAGGGCUUGGCUCUCCAUCAGGGAUUGGCAUUGGGAGGUUAGUCCUUAACAACGUGCCCUCUUUCACGGACCAGCAUCUGCAGAGUCUGACAUCAUGGGAGAAGCUCAGUCGAUUGGAGCUGCGCGACACCUUUCGUGUGACGGCCAACGGGCUCAGGAGCUGUGCUGCCAAGGACGGCGUCUGUGGUGUGGAGGGGCUUUCCAGGCUCAAGUUUCUGGAAAUAGGCAUCACUGGGCGGCAAGGCUACCAGUUACAGAUGGCCUCCCUCGGGCUGGGGGCCGGAUGGCUCGGACUAGAGGAACUGAGUCUGGGGGGUAAGGAGGUGGGGCCAGGCUUGCUCUGUGCCAGCCGCCUGAAGGACCUGAAGUGUCUGUGCCUGUGGGCCUGCACGCUCAGCGAGAUGCAGAUAGUGCGAAGCUGCAGGAUGCUCCGUGGGCUUCGCCGGAUGGAGUUUUUGGAUGUAACCUUCCAGCCUCGGCAGUGUCCACCAGAAGUGGAGGGGGAGGGUGGUGGUGGUGGUGGUGGUGGUGGUGGAGAUGAGCAGGACAAUGAGGAAGCGGAAGGUGGAGAUAACAGCAAUGAUGAGAACAAGACACUAGACACGAAUGAUCCCAUUCCAAGUUUGCGUCGCUCACUGGCUGUCCUGCUGCCAUCCUGCACACUAGUUUUCACCAACUGCUCUGUUCAGAUCAAUGCAGACUAAAUGCGGUCUCUACUACUGGCCAAUAUAGACCGUUUCAACGGAAUUACAUUACUAGGCAACAUGGACCCAAACUUGGGUCCAUGUUUACUUCCUGUCAGCUUAUGACAUUCACAUAGACUGCAACAGGAAAUAAACUGGAACACAUCUGGAAUGUUUACGUUUACAACUGUGAACUGGUCUAUAGUUAAAAUCCCCAUUCACACAGGCAUAUGUCAUUUAAUGUAGCGUAUAAUGGAUAUAAUGAAUAUAAUGAAUGAAGUUUUUAUUAUUGUUUCAUGUGUAUACUGUAACUAUGCCCAGCCCACAUGGGCUUACAAUAUAUCACAAAUUCAUUGGAGCCAGCUCUGGAUAUGAGUCACAUAUUCAGACCUUCAAAAAAAAUCACUGACAAAACAUCUACUGUAUAAUACUGGAGAAAUCGAAGUAAACUCAAAUUAAAUAUUAAAAUUAAAAUGAAUAGAGCUACCACAUUAUAAACAAUCUGUGAAGGUAGACCAAUUUAUUUUGUCUCACGGUAUCUAUUGUCCAGCCCUAUUGCUUUACCCACUUCCUUCAAGGUAAAUCAUUGGGCAAUCUCGCUUCCAACUUCAUUGCUCACAUGUGGACAAAAGUAAACAAGUUUUUAAUAUACUGUACUCUUUUAAACUCUUUUAAAGUCACAAUACAAAAUACGGAACUGUCACUGCUGACUGCUGACUGUAAAGACACAAGCAGGUGUACUGAAGCAUACUGCAAACCCACCUGUUUCCUGUUCCUUCACUCCUUUUCAACAUUCAGAAAAUAUAUCUGUUACAAGCAGGCGUUUGGCUUUGGUGUUACAAAAAAAAAGCCUAUCAUAUUUAAAUUAAUCUUUAAAUCAUGUCCCAAUUCUCUCUUACUUUGCCAGCUUUUUCCUAUAUGAUUUUCUUUAGAAAUUAUUAAAUAAGAAAUGGUAAUUGUAAUUGUCUGUUUAUUGUAUUAAUGAGGAAAAACAUGGAAGAUCUCUGUCAUUGACAUGAAUUGUGUUGCAUUCAAACCAACCAUGAUCAUUUUAACCUUAAGACUUAUAAUUGAGAAAUUGAGUUUUGAAUAAACCUAUUUUGAACAAAUA